CAUAAAAAAUGAACAUGGAUAUAAAGAAUAAAGUAAGUUGUGAUGAAGUAGAACAAGCACGUCAUAUUAUUAAUAACUUAAACUCUGAUAGAAAUAUAACCGAAGAAGAGUUUCAAAAUUUCAUGCAUCGCGUUACUGAAGUAGAGAAAAUCGUGAAGAAGUUGGCAUCUUCCGACCAAAAGGAGCAAGAAUGUGGGAAAAAGUUAGCCGAUGAGAUCUUAGAGAAAGGUGUUCAGAAAGAAAUCUAUGAAGACGGAGAGGUAAAAAUUAAAACCGAUCGGUCAGUAAUUAAUAAAUAUCCGUCAAAGAAAUAUGACUCUUCCAAUGAUCCGAACAAAAUGUCGCGAGAGAUGUUCAUGAAGAGCGUGGAAGACGAUGCUAAAAAACGAGCUGAAGAUCGCAAAAUUAGAAACGAACGAGCGGAAACGUUGAAAAGAAUUGCAAACGGUGCAUUUAAAGAAGCCGAUUACGAGAAGGCCGUGACUUAUUACAGUAAAGCGUUAGAACAACGUAAGGAUUCCUCCGUAUUGUGGAAUAAUCGUGCAUUAUCGUAUACGCACCUCGGAUUAUUCGAAAAAGCCUUGCACGACUACGAGUGGGCAUUAAAACUAAAUGACUCAAAUUUAAAAGCUCUUUUGAAUAGCGCUAAGUGUUACAUGCAUCUCAGAAACAGGGAGAAGAGUAAAGAAUAUAUACAGAUGGCCAAAGAAAGAAAUCCACAUUUCAACAAAUUUAUCGAUGAAUUUCAGGAAAAUAUAAAGCUUCAGUUUAACGUUCAGGCAGUCAAUGACGAUGAAAUACAGUAACUUCUUUUUCCAGAGAG